AUACCGUAGCUGCCGCCAAGGCUCAGCAGGAGGCAGCAGAGGCAGAACGUCAGCGGCUGGCCAAUGAAGCGGCAGCCCAAGCUCAGCAGACUGCUGAGGCUGACGCAGAGGCACGAGACCAACGGAAUGCCGCCAGUACGGAGUCCCUGAUUCAUAGUGAAAUUCAGUGGACAACGUUCCUCCAAGGCAUGAUCUUUGUGCCUUCGGACGCGCAGGCAGAUCCGACACCGGCGGAGGCAGAGAGGACUCACCUGGCUAACUUGAUGCUGGGCAUGAUGAGAGGCAUCAUGUGGAAUAACACACUGCUGCAGGCACAUCUACGCACGGAACGACAGCAGCGACAAAAGUACCAGCAAGACAUUGCCGUUUUAACAACUGUCAUCCGCGCCGAAGCAACGCAGCAGCAGCAACAGCAUCAGCUGUUGAAUUCCGCUCUCCCACGCAUCAACAGCAUUGAGGCUAACGCCUCAGAAGCUCCAGGCUGCACGACAGACGCGACGAAGCAACUCAAUGAGCGCAUCGAUCACGUCGUCACCAUCAUCGGCGACAUAGGUGUUUUCAGUAGGCCGGACACGAUCAGUAGCACGGUGGCCUCCAUCCAGACGGACAUCACUAAGCUGGAGACGAGACCGGACGCCGCUACAAAGACUUACAAGAUGCCGCACUUCGACAUCAGCAAGUUCGACGACUACAACAAGUCGGACGCCUUGACAUGGUGGCAACGUUUCCUCACRGAAGCAUCAUGCCGCACCGUCCCGGCAGACGACAUGAUGAAGGCACUCUACUUGCAACUAAUUGGAGGAGCGCAGGCUUGGAUGAACCAUCUGGCGGCUACCAACAAAUGCACCAUCGCCGACCUCCACACGCACAUCACGUGGAAUGAGUUCAAGAAGCUAUGGUUCACCCGGUUCAUGGUCCGCAACGUCGWGAAGGCGGCCAUGAACGAGGUGUACACCUGCUCUCAAGGAAAUAUGCCAACUCGAGACUGGACAACCAAGUGGCAAAAGAUAGUGACCACGCCAGGAUUCGAUUUGAGUUUUUCAAAUCAACGAUCCGAGUUUUUCUCGCGAUCGUGCGCGGGACUGCGGUCGGCACUCGGCAACGAGUACGACUAUGACACGUUCCAGGCCAUUCUGGAUCGUGCGAACUUAGUCAUCCAAACGGAUGACAAGGCCGCAAACGAACGACAGUCCCAGCCGCAUUAUGUGGCUAAGCAGGGCUAUCAACGUCCGACACAUAACAAUGYCGUGAUUUMUGAARAAACAGAUGAUCUCCACGCUGCAGCAGCAUCCUCGAGUGAUGGAGGAAUUGUAGCAGCGCUCCCGCCGAAGCGUCCCAAGAGAGUUCGGAAGAACAAGGCGACACAAGAGACAGCAUCGACGGGAACUGGGCAGCAGCCAUGGACGGCUUACAAGAUAAACAAGGAUGUCUAUGACCUUCGUCAAAGUACGAAUACUGCCUCUGGUGCAACGGCGUCACUCAUGUGACUACACAAUGCCCCGAAAAG